CGUGUUUCCCUCCGGACUUUUUUCAAUGGCCGCCCGUGUUCCUUGAACUUUUCCCUGGAUUUUGGACUUGUUGGACGUUUCAGGGAAACUCGGAAUAACAUUUCAGAAGCCGACUUUUCCCGAUGUCCGCCCUGCCGCGCCUGCUCCGCGCCGCGUCGCGCGGCGGCAGCGAGCAGAGCCUCGCGCUCCGCCGGAGUCUGGCCGCCGUCUCCGCGGCCGGCUCGGCUCCAAACACACCCCGGUACUCCAGCUCCAGCCGCCCCGCCGCGGUCCGCAUCGGCUGCGCGUCCGGAUUCUGGGGCGACACGGCGACGUCAGUCCCUCAGCUGGUCCAUGGAGGACGGUUGGACUUCCUGGUGUUUGACUACCUGAGCGAGAUCACCAUGUCUCUGCUGACGGCCGCCAAGUCCAAGAACCCUGCCCUCGGUUACACGCCGGACUUCGUCCAGGCCGCCCUCGCUCCGUUCAUCGGCGACAUCCACAGGAAAGGUAUCCGCGUGGUGAGCAACGCCGGCGGCGUCAAUCCGCUGGCGUGUGCCGACGCCAUCCGGGAGGUGAUCAAGAAGGCGGGGCUCGACAUGAAGGUUGCCGUGGUGACCGGAGAUGACCUCAUGCCCCACAGGAGCAGCCUGUCGGAGGUCAAGAUGGCCGACGGCAGCGGCAGCCAGCGACUUCCUGCGGCGCUGCACAGCAUGAACGUCUACCUCGGGGCGGAGCCGGUGCGGCGCUGCCUGGACCUCGGGGCGGACGUGGUGGUGACGGGUCGCUGUGUGGACAGCGCUCUGGCUCUGGGCCCGCUCAUGCACACGUUUGGGUGGAAAAAAAACGACUACGACCUGUUGGCUGCUGGGAGCCUGGCAGGUCACCUGAUCGAGUGCGGCGCUCAGAGCACUGGAGGAAUCUUCACAGACUGGCACAAAGUUCCCGACUGGGACAACAUGGGCUUCCCGGUGGUGGAGUGCUCUCCGGACGGCUCCUUCGUCCUCUCCAAGCCCCCCCGCACCGGCGGCCUGGUGUCGUUCGGCUCGGUGGCCGAGCAGCUGGUGUACGAGAUCGCCGACCCGCGGCGCUACCUGCUGCCCGACGUCACCUGCGACUUCAGCCGGGUCAGCAUCAGGGAGCUGCCGGGUGUGGAAGGAGGUGCAGUUAAAGUCAGCGGUUCUAAAGGUUUGGCUCCAUCACAUGACUACAAGGUGUGUGCUACCUACAUGGACGGCUUCAGGGUGACGGCCGUCUGCACCCUCGGCGGUCCCAGAGCUGCGGAGAAAGGCCGGCGGACGGCCGAGAGCAUCAUCAAAAGAACCAGGAGAAUAUUCAAGCAACUGGGACUGGAAGACUUCAGUUCAGUGAACGUUCAGAUCCUGGGAGCUGAAGACACGUACGGUCCGCAUGCCAGAAACAAGGGCUCCAGGGAAGCGGUGAUCUGGAUGUCGAUGCAGCACAAACAGAAGAAAGCUCUGGAGCUGUUCUCCAGGGAGAUCGCAUCGGCCGGGACUGGCAUGGCUCCCGGUCUGACCGGCAUCGUCGGAGGACGGCCCAGAGUGUCUCCGGUCCUGAAGCCGUUCUUCUUCCUUCACCCCAAAUCUCAGCUGAAGGUGGACAUUCACAUGGACGACGGGCUCGUGGAGUCUCUGUCGGAGGCGGAGCCCGAUGCGCACCGACAAGAGGAAGCCCCGCCCCCCUCGGAGGACGACUCACCUGACACAGACCUUCCCAGAGGGCCUCACAGCUACCGCCUGGAGGAGCUGGCCUUCACCAGGAGCGGAGACAAGGGCGACACGGCCAACAUCGGCGUGAUCGCUCGCCACCCGCUCUUCUACCCCUACCUCAAGAAACACCUGACUUCUUCUGUGGUGGAGGACUACAUGUCCCACGUCAUCCAGCCGGGGCUCAAAAAUGCCGUCAAGAGAUACACUCUGCCAGGAAUCUACGGCCUCAACUUUGUUCUGCAGAACUCGCUGGGAGGGGGAGGGGUGGCAUCACUACGCAGCGACCCCCAGGGGAAGGCCUUUGGUCAGAUGCUUCUGGACCUGAAGCUUACAGGACUUCCGGACCUGAAGUCUCUGGUGGACUGAUUGGAGCCGGUUCUGCCCCGGUGCAUCAUGGGAGGCAGAGUUCACAUUGGAUUAGUAUUAAUUAAUAAUCAUCCUUUUAUUAAAUCACUGUUUGGUGCCUGAAGAAUAAAAACUCUCAUGUUGACAGGAUUCUGUACAAAUCCUGUUUUGGGUUCUGGUUCUGGACCUGGACCCUGGACCCUGGACCCUGGACCCUGGACCAGCUGCCAUCAGCUGUUUUCUGACUGUUGUUGAAUCAGACUGUUGCUUUGUGUUGGUCGACUGUCUGGACCUGCUUUGCUCUGAUUGGCUGGAAUGCUUGUUUUCGGCGUCUCUGGUCGCCGUUGUCGUGUAAACAGACACAAAAUGCUUCACAGGUUUUGUCUCUUGAGCUGGUUGCCGUGGGAACGAGGAGGAAACCCGAGCGCAUGCCACCGCCUCACACGUGGCGGCCAUGUUUGGUACCACAUACCAGCUCCGGGUGGGCCGCCCUGACCUUUGACCCCACCGGAGAAACCCCGAGGGGGAUUUGUCGGGUAAACAAACAGGAGUGUGGGUGGGCGGAGCUCGCCGCCCGGCAGCGCCGCCGCAGGAAUGCGGCUCCGCCUCGCCGCUCCGUCCUAAUCGCUAACAGACGGCAGCGUCCGGCUCGGACCGCAGCGCCAUCGAGCUCCGCCCGCUCCAUCCGCUCCGCCCGCCCCACCCCCCGCACCACAAAACGACAAAUAAACACGAGGCGUUCAAAGACUCCGGGAAAAGCGGGACGGGUUGAGGAAAAGUGAGGCAGCGGCUGAUCCACAUCUGCUCCGCAGCAAACAGUCGACCAGCACAACAACAACGGAGAGGAAACCACAGGAAGCAGCUCAGUAUGUGGGUCAGACCAGAACCAGAACCAGACUCAACCUGCCAGUCUCGCCACAGGUAUCUGGGUCAGACCAGAACCAGAACCAGAACCGGUCGUCCUCCAGCUUCAGAUCGGACCGGACUCCUGAGAAUAGCAAGGCUUCAAUCAGAAAAACAGUUGAAAUGUUUUUUAGAAUGGCUUUUGUUUCGAUAACGUUGAUCGAGUUACCGUGGCAACGCUUCACAAUGAAAACAUCGGUUUGAAGCUCUUUUGUUUCCGGUGACUGGGAUUAAAGGGGGCCUGAAGGACGAUCCCUCCACCAGGUCUGGUCUGGAUGUGGGCCUGGAUCUGAAUGUGGAUUUGGAUUUGUUGAUCUCAGUCUAGAUCUGGACCUAGUUGAGCGGGGUCUGCCAUUGGAUCUGGGUCUGGAUCUUGUUGAUCUGAAUCUGGAUCUAGUUGAUCUGGGUCUGGAUGUGAAUCUGGUCCUGGAGCUGGGCCUAGAUCUGGCCUGGAUCUGAAUCUAAAUUUGGAUCUGGGUCUGGAUCUAGUUGAUCUGGGUCUGCUCCUGGAUCUGGUCUGUUUCGGUUUCCGUCUCCUGGACUCAGCUCGCUUGGUUUAUCAUCAGCUGUACUGCAGACGUGACUGAAAACUUCUUGUGCCAUUUGAUGGACUGGUUCUACACUGGAUCAGUUCCUGGUCUGGUUCUGAUCUGGUUUUGGUUCCGUUUGGACGGAUCUUGAGGAACUCUGGAAUCCUUUGAUCUGUUUGAAGGAUUUCCAGCUCAGGCUCCGCCCCCCUGAACGGUUGGCUGAAGGCACAAAAAACCAUAAAACCUUUGUGCCAAAAUGUUUCUCCUUCAUUUGGCGCCAAAACCCCGACGGUCCUUGAUCAGCGCCUCGUGGAACACCAGAGAAUGUUCUCCGCUUUCAAAAAGCUGCACUUUCAGGGACUUUUCCAUCAAGAUGUUUUAAAACAUUCAUCCGUCCUUUUCUUUUUUUCCCUCCAACACGACAACUUUGACCUCAUUGAACUGUUCUUUCAUUUAAAGCCUUCCAUCAGAUUUCAGGCCGAUUUAAUUAUCUGAUGCUUUAAUUUUGGAGAAACUUCAGCAUUAAUUCUCAAAACAGCAGAAACGAUACAGAUUGUGAGUAAAACUCCUCCGAGACGGAACUACAAGGGUUCUCACCGAGAACCCUGAGGCUCUGGACAGUGUGAGGGAAAGUGUUCCGGGUCCAGGACAGAACCCUGAGGAACCCCAGAACCAAGUGAAGGACAGCAGCGAGCUGGAAAACAUCCGAUUUUAAAGAGAACUGAUUAUUUUUUAUUCAAUUUUCUCAUUUUUGGAUGAUUUUAAUUUCCCCUG